AUGAAGUUCACUCUAGGAAGCCUGUCCAUCUGGCCUCUGUGUCUCGUUCAAUGGACAUCUGCAGCUACAGUGUUCUUUCCAGUCACCUUGACAUGGGGGAACCGAACUGUGGCAGGAGUAUCUAGGCCAGUGAUUUCGACGAACGGGCAAUUUCCUGGCCCCCCGCUGCGGAUCAACCAUGGUGACAGUGUUGAAUUCCUCGUUGAUAACCGGUGCCCUUUCAAUACCACGAUCCACUUCCAUGGAAUUGAACAGCUUGGAACUCCUUGGUCUGAUGGAGUCCCGGGUGUCUCGCAGAGGUCCAUCAAACCAAACACUUCGUUCCUGUAUAGAUGGACAGCAACCGAGUACGGGGCCUAUUGGUAUCAUGCGCAUCACCGUGGCUCUCUCGAGGAUGGGCUUUACGGACCAAUCUAUAUCACUCCUGCCCCCUCGGUGCAAAAGCCUUUCAGUCUUAUCACGACCAAUCCCGCUCAGUUGCGGGCUAUGAUCAACGCGGAGAGCGUGACAUAUCCCGUCUUGCUUUCGGAAUGGCGUGUCCUCACGUCAGAGGAGAUAUGGGCUGCCGAGUUGGCUUCUGGUACAGACUCAUUCUGUGCCAAUGCUUUGCUCAUUAAUGGCAAAGGGUCCAUCACCUGCCUGCCACGUGCUGAGAUUGAUGCCCUGACAACACUCGUUCAGAAAGCCAGCCUGGGUAAUGAUCUAAGAUUGACAGACAUGGCAUGCUUCCCUCCCAACAUCACUGAAACAGUAUUUAAUUUCCCACACAACUACGCUGCCAUCCCCCCAACCAUGUUCGAAGGCUGCGUGCCAUCCCAAGGUCCGCAAGAAAUCUUCACUGUCAACGCCGCCCAUCAAUACAUCAGCUGGGAUCUCACCAGCGCAGCUGGCCUGUUAGAACUCACCUUCUCAGUCGACGAGCACGACAUGUGGGUCUACGCCAUCGACGGACGAUACAUCCAGCCUCAAAGAGUCAACGCAGUCACCAUCCCAAACUCAAACCGCUACUCAGUUCUAAUCCCCCUCACUCAACCAGCGGGAGACUACACCGUGCGCAUGGUCAGCGCCAGCAUAAACCAGAUCCUCAACACGACCGCCAUAAUGCGAUACCAAGGCUUGCCCCAGAUCACCCGUCCAUCCAACCCGUGGAUCCAAAUCAACAAUGAACCCGUCUCAGAGAACACGAUCUUUUUAGACGAGUCCAGUGUGGUCCCAUUCCCGGCGCUCGCCCCUUCAAACAAUAUAGCACAAACCUUCUUCCUGCACAUCAACCAAGUCGGCGCCGCCUACCGCUGGAGACUCGGUAAUACCAGCUACGGCCUCGAGCUCGAGGAAGCACAGCCCUUGCUCUUCAACCAGAACUCCAUUCCCAGCGACUUGAUCGUCCGAACGAAGAAUAAUACCUGGAUCGACUUGAUUCUCCAAACAGAUACCAUCCUGCAACCCCCGCAUCCGAUCCACAAACACUCAAAUAAACAUUUCAUCAUCGGUCAGGGGAACGGUACUUUCAAUUGGAAUUCGGUCGCGGAAGCGGUACAGGCCGUUCCCGGGAACUUCAAUCUGCAGACGCCGCAGUAUCGUGAUACCUUCCAUACGUUGCCUGCUGUCACGGGUCCGACUUGGACGGCUAUUCGGUAUCAUGUUGUUAAUCCCGGUGCGUUCUUGAUGCAUUGUCAUAUUCAGGUUCAUCAGAGUGGGGGGAUGGUUUUGGCGAUGUUGGAUGGGGUUGACGUUUGGCCUGCUGUGCCACCGGCUUAUGCAAUUGCUGCCGGGUUUUAG